GCUCGGGCGCGGGGUUGGCGGGCGGGUGGGAGCGGGGUGGGCUCCGCUCGCGCUGCCGCCGCCAUGCGGGAACGGAGACCGCCGGCGGCGGCACCGGCUCGGUGCAAGCUGGUGCUGGUGGGCGACGUGCAGUGCGGCAAAACGGCCAUGCUGCAGGUGCUGGCCAAGGACUGCUACCCCGAGACGUACGUGCCCACCGUGUUCGAGAACUACACGGCCUGCCUGGUCAGCGAGGAGCAGCGGGUGGAGCUGAGCCUCUGGGACACCUCCGGUUCCCCCUACUAUGACAACGUGCGGCCCCUCUGCUACAGCGACUCGGACGCCGUCCUGCUCUGCUUCGACAUCAGCCGCCCCGAAACCCUGGACAGCGCAUCCAAGAAGUGGAAGACGGAGAUCCUGGAUUACUGCCCCAGCACGCGGGUGCUGCUCAUCGGCUGCAAGACAGACCUGCGGACGGACCUGAGCACGCUGAUGGAGCUCUCCCAUCAGAAGCAGGCACCCAUCUCCUAUGAGCAGGGCUGCGCCAUGGCCAAGCAGCUGGGAGCCGAGAGCUACCUGGAGUGCUCGGCCUUCACCUCGGAGAAAAGCGUCCACAGCAUCUUCCGGACCGUGUCCGGCAUCUGCCUCAGCAAAGCCCCCCCGCAGCCCCCCAAAAGUCCCGCACGAAGCCUCUCCAAGAGACUCCUGCACCUGCCCAGCCGCUCCGAGCUCAUCUCCUCCGCCUUCAAGAAGGAGAAGGCAAAAAGCUGCUCCGUCAUGUGAAGGGGGGGGGGGGGGACACAGGGAUGCCUUCCCCCGCACCCCCUCGCCGAGCCCCCAGUGCCUGGGACAGGCUGGGGGCCAAAUGGGGCUGCGGUGCCCCCCCCGAGGAGGAUGGGGUGCUCGCUGCCCUCCCAUCACACCGCUUCCCCCACCAGUGCGUGCUGGGGCCCCGGGGCUGGGGGGCAGCCCCCCCAGAGCUGCCGUGUGUGUGUGUGUAUCAGGUUUUGGGGGGGGGGACACCUGGGGAGGGACCUUGCUCGGUGGCUGCUCCCGAGCCCCCGGCCCAGCGGGAUUCAUCCACGGACUCAUCCUUUUUUUCUUUGAAUGCCCAGUUGGUGUCCGGCUCUGCCCCAUUCCUCAUCUGCUGCUUGGCCCCGAGAUGCCUCGGGGUGGCCCCCCCCCCCCCCCCUCCCUCCAGCCCCAGUGUGGGGAGCGGGGCUCCGGGGAGGGGGCGGCUGUUUUAUAGACUGUCUCUUGGGGUGACUCUGUUCAAUGUUCAGUGUUAUUAAAAAGCUUAUUUAUUAUCAGAAAAAAAAAUAUAACAACUACCCACGUGCAGCA